GACGUCAUCGGACCGCGACAAAGCGCAUGCAACGCUUUCGUCCCUUUUAAAUACACGUGAAAACAGCCGCAGCAAUGUGGGCUUUAAAUAAAUGUUUUACGGUUUUACGUCCACCGGUUUCUUCGAGGGCGACGCUGACUGUCAGUCGGUGGUUCCGGCGCUGUCACGGUGCUUCAGCCCGGUCCAGUGUCCGCGGGACGGGGCUUGUGUCCUCACAGGACCACCGUAGCUUUCAUACCGUGUUACCUGCCCACAGGUGGGAAGCUCGUCUCUGCAGCGACAGAGGAUUCUCCACCUCCCCGAGUGUCAGGAGUGAGGCCAUCGGGCAGAUUCAGUCCAAACAUUAUCAGCUCGUUUACACAUGCAAGGUUUGCUCUACCAGGUCCACGCAGAAGAUAUCCAAGCUGGCUUAUCACAAAGGCGUUGUGAUAGUGACUUGUCCAGGAUGUAAGAACCACCAUAUCAUCGCUGAUAACCUCAGCUGGUUCUCUGACCUGGAGGGAAAGAGAAACAUUGAGGAAAUCCUUGCUGCCAAAGGAGAGACUGUGAAGAGGAUUGAAGGAAGUGCUGCUCUGGAGAUAGUGCUGGAUGAAUCCAAGAAGGACAAGUCACAAUGUGGUGAAGAGACAGAGAAAUCCAACAAUGACCCAGAAAAACAAUGAAGCUUUGUUAAAUACUGUAUAUGUGUUUCUGUAAGAUGUAUAUACUUAAUUCCUAAUAAACCUGAUUUUGAUUGCUAUUA